AUGGCUACACUGUCCUCUUUUCUUUGGGUAUGUAUCCUCGCCGUGCUGGCACCUGUUGCAGCGAAGGAUACAGCUGCCCUAGCCGUGGAUACGGCAUUGAACCAGACUUUGCUAUGGGGCCCCUAUCGUCCUAAUUUAUAUUUCGGAGUGCGGCCACGGAUUCCAAAGAGCUUGCUUAUGGGGUUGUUGUGGGCAAAAGUUGACGAUUACCAGACCGCUCAGGAUAACUUCAGGCAUACCUGUGAGCAGAAUGAGGGAAUGGAGGGCUAUGGUUGGGAGGAAUAUGACAUUCGAAACGGCGGCAGACAGACCGUUCACGAUUCCCGUAAUACAAUUGACCUUACGAUAGACUUCGUAAAGGUCCCAGGAGGGACUCACGGCGGUAGCUGGGGCGCUCGCAUUAAGGGAGUGCCUCGUCCUGAUGCACCUCCUGACCAGCCUACGACUUUGAUAUUCUAUACUGCAUUGGAAGGACUAGGGAAGCUAAAACUGCACAACGAGCCCGAUGAGCUUGGAUACGAGGGGGAUGUCAGACUCGGUGGAAGCACACCGAGCCUGGGUGACUUUACCAUUGACAUUACCCGCGGUCCGGAUACCAAUGCCUACCCUCCGCGGAUGCAUCCAAGCUACGAUGAGAGGCCUUUGGACAGAACAAUCGUUUCAAGCAUGAAUGUACCGCCAGAGGCACUUUGGCAAGGAAAGACUAUACUUUUCACACAGAUGAAACAAUCUAUUGAGGCUGCCAUAAAGAAGUUUGGAGAAGGGAAUAUACCUCCUCCUCCGGCGUUACUCACCCUGGCAAAUGCUCCGGGAGGAGGUAACAUUCAUUAUAUCCAGAAAGUCUUUCGCGGGUCUUUUGAGUUUGACAUCAUAUUCUCAUCGGCGACUGCUGAAAAGCCACUGACGUCACCCACGAUCACAAAACGGAUUAAAGACAUAUCAGCUUCCUUUUCCCAAAAGUAUGAGAAGACAUUUAAGCCUCUCGCUCCGUUUAACAAUCCAGAGUACUUGCGGUUCUCAAAGGAAAUGCUCUCCAAUCUGGUAGGCGGCAUUGGCUACUUUUACGGAGAUUCAAUUGUCGACCGCAGUUAUGCUCCAGAGUACGACGAAGAAAAUGAAGGAUUCUGGGAGGAAGCCGCUGAAGCUCGAUCCCGCGCAAAGCUCAUUCCCACGAAUCCAUCUGAAUUAUUUACUUCAGUUCCGUCCCGGCCGUUUUUCCCAAGGGGAUUCUUGUGGGAUGAGGGCUUCCACCUGCUGCCAAUCAUGGAAUGGGACCUUGACUUGACACUUCAAAUUGUUAAGAGCUGGCUCAACCUCAUGGAUGAAGAUGGAUGGAUUGCGAGAGAACAGAUCCUAGGACCUGAAGCAAGAAGCAAAGUCCCAAGCGAGUUUCAAACCCAGUACCCUCACUAUGCCAACCCACCAACGUUGUUCCUUGUUCUCAGGGAAUUUAUGAACAAGGCUGCAUUGGCAAAAUCUUCUGACCCCCAGAGUCCUAACAACUCCGCGUAUUCUGACAAUAAAGAGCUCGGUAUAACAUUCCUUCGCUCAAUAUAUCCUCUGCUCUGUCGUCAAUACUUCUGGUUUAGGAAAACGCAACGGGGUGAUCUCAAAUCCUACGAGAGAGAUUCUUUCUCAAGCAAAGAAGGAUAUCGAUGGCGAGGACGUACGGUUGAACACAUUCUCACUUCUGGCCUAGAUGACUAUCCUCGAGCUCAACCACCCCACCCUGGAGAGCUUCACGUUGAUCUAAUAAGCUGGAUGGGCAUGAUGACCCGUUCUUUGCGAGAUAUUGCCGAAGCAUUAGGUGAGACAGCUGACGUCGAAGAAUUCACGAAAUACGAAACAGCUAUCCUUAGGAAUAUUGAUGAUCUCCAUUGGAAUAAGGACGCAAAAACUUAUUGUGAUUCCACAAUCGAUGAUUAUGAAGAAAGUAUCCAUGUGUGCCAUAAGGGCUAUAUUUCUAUUUUCCCUUUUAUGGCUGGUCUUUUGGAUGCCAACCACCCGAGACUGGGGGAUAUUUUAAAUCUUAUCCAGGAUUCAGAAGAACUAUGGAGUGACUAUGGCAUCCGAAGUCUUAGCAAAAGAGACGAAUUUUUCGGGACUGGCGAGAAUUACUGGAAAGGGCCUAUUUGGAUCAAUAUGAACUAUCUAGUUCUCAAGAAUCUUCUGAGUAUCGCUCAGGUUCAGGGGCCCUACCAGGAACAAGCAUCAGAGAUGUACACGAAGCUACGCAAGAACGUGGUCGAUAAUGUUUUCAAGGAGUGGAAGAACACUGGCUUUGCUUGGGAGCAGUAUAACCCUGAUACCGGCAAGGGCCAGCGAACACAACACUUCACUGGUUGGACCAGUCUGGUGGUAAAGAUGAUGACUAUGCCUGACUUAAGCACCCAAUUCAGCACCAAAGAUGAAUUGUGA